AUGGUCAUCAUCCCGAAGUCUUUGAACACAGUAGAUGUGUCUAUCAUCGACACUGGCUGUAGGAUUGGGGGGAUCCCAGCUGCUAUAUUCACCAAUCCGCAAAUACCUGGCUUCACUACUUUCGAGGGCAUCAGUUAUGUGUUUCUUGUAAGCCACACUGACAGCGAGGGCAAAGUCAGGCGUGUCUUGUUCGAUCUCGGUACUCGGAAGGACUGGGAGAACAUGUCACCUCACGUUGUACAAGGAACCAAGGCAGUGGAGGGAGCCAUUCUUGAGCCAGUGGAAAACGUGGUCGACAUCUUGGAACGGGGUGGAAUUGACAAGAAAAGCAUUGAAGCGUUCAUCUGGAGUCAUGCACAUGUUGAUCAUGUCGGAGACCCGUCCACAUUUCCUCCGAGCGCAUCCCUCAUUGUGGGCCCCGGUAUCAAAGACGAGUACUUCCCCGGCUAUCCGACAAAGCCAGAUGCACCAGUCCUGGAAUCAGAUUUCGCAAAUCGCGAGGUCCGUCAGCUUGACUAUUCCGGUACACACCUGUCGAUAGGUGGUUUACCUGCUCUAGACUAUUUUGGAGACGGUAGUUUCUACCUUCUCGAUGCACCUGGCCAUGCUUUAGGCCAUGUGGUGGGCCUCGCUCGAACGACACCCGACACGUUCAUGCUUUUCACCGGUGAUGUCUACCAUCAUGCCGGUCAGGUUCGACCAACCGCCAACGCCCCACUGCCCGAUCAGAUCCACGUGCCGAAUCUCAUUCCGAACCCGUUGCCUGCUAAGCUCGUUGCGAAAAUGAGCCCGGCGAGGUGCUGCUCGGCACCUAUAUUGCAGCCUGGCAAUGUGUCUAGUGACAUGAACGCAGCGUUGCAUACCAUUGAUGCCAUCAGAGGAUUUGAUGACGAUGAGAACGUGUUCCUAGUUGCUGCGCACGAUCGAACCGUCUCUGGAGUUGUACAGACAUUUCCGCUGUUAGCAAACCAGUGGAAGGAGAAGAAUUGGAAAGAACGGACGAAAUGGCUGUUCCUUCAAGAUUUUCAGAAGGCAUUGGAUAUCGUGGUUUCGGCCAUCUCUAGAGGCCAGAUGUAA